AUGCCUUCACAAAGGCGACUACGAUUAACCGUCAUCGCCGUCAUCGCGUUCCUCGUCUUGACAAUCUACUACACCGGUGAAACCAGCAAAAUUCAAAACCAAAAAUUUUACCGCUCAACGCUCGAUGCCAUGAAAGCUAAAGAAGCGAAGACCGCCAAGAUACAAGAGAAGAUCCAGAAUGCUAUGCAUGCGCCGGGAGAGAUUCCCGCAGCUGUUGCAGGUACUGGUGAUGCACUCAGCGCGGAAGUACAGAAAGCUGCUGUUCCCCCGGCAAAUGUGAACGAGGACACAGAGGAGAUCCCCAUCGCGGGACGGACGAAGAUGACUGUUCCGAAGAAGGGCCAAGACACGGAUAUCCAGAAGGAAGACAAAACCGAGACGAGCGAGAUGAGCGAAGAAGACAAAGAGCGCGCAGAGAAAGAGAAAAAAGAAUCUGAAGCGAACACUGAGCUGAAUGAUAUUUUGAAGAGAGCUCCUGUCAUUAUCUUCUCCAAAUCCUACUGUCCCUACAGCAAGAAAGCGAAGUCAAUCCUGCUGGAGCACUACUCUAUCCAGCCGAAGCCGUUCGUUGUCGAAUUGGACCAGCACCCACUCGGUCCAUAUUUGCAGGCUUUGUUGGGGCAGAACACUGGACGACGGACUGUGCCUAAUGUUCUUGUGAAUGAAAAGAGUAUUGGUGGUGGAGAUGAUAUUGCGGCUUUGGAUCAACGCGACGAGCUGGCUUCGACGCUGAAAUCUUUGGGUGGGAAGUGGAUUGUGGAGGCUGAGCAUUUGGAUUUGGAGGAGAAGGGUCUAUAA